AUCCGACCUUUGACCUAUAUGUUGCCAAAGAGCGCGAAACGCCCAGAUGAUGAGAUGAUCAGCUGUUGACCAGUCCAAAGUCUUAAGUUCAUACAUUUUUUCAUCAUCUGACACUGCCACGGAUUGUGACAGCAAAGGUGUGGAAACUGGCUCUUGAGAAUGGAAGAGGUGACCACUACGUGUGUCCUUGUGUUGGAAGGCAUUGCCACAGCAGCGGUGCUGUACAUUAUUAAGUCUAUCUUCACACCUGAUCCACCUGUUCACCUAGGAGUGUACCACCGACCUGGACGAUGGUAUGGGCUAAAGUUUGCAAUGAUGUACCUGCUUGUGAAGCUACAACAGGGAGGAAAAAGAAGAAAACGGGAAAAAGAUGCUCCAAUGGUAACAGGGCUACCCAAGUCUGGAUAUGGCGUCUUGUCUCAUGAUUCUCCAGAAGAAAUGGACCAACCUCAGGAGUUACAGGAUCAUGAACAUGCCUUAGACAGCGCCUACUUCAAUGGUUUUGCACCAGAUGGAACUUCUGUCGUGACGCGAAUCUGUCGCCGCCAUGGCCGCCGUGCGGAGAUCUGGUUCAUCCUCCACGUGCCCGGAGUCGGCGUGCUGCAGGCCCCUCAGCAUCCGGACACCGCCGUCUUCAACACGGACGGGAAAACCUUCUCCGCAGCAGGACUGCACUUUGAGCCAGUGGAAGCCAUGAGGACAUGGAAAGUACAGUUCAACGGACUGAUGAGGCUGACAGAAUCACCACGUACCGAUGUAACAAAGGAGGAGGGUCGUCUGGUCCAUGUCAGGUUCUCCUUCAUGUGGUCUGCCUACACCUUACCCUUCAACUUUGACACUGACAUUCAUCCUCGUGCGAUCGCCCGUGCCAUGGCCAUCGAGAAGUGGAACAAGCAGUUCUUCCAGGACUUGAGAAGUUCGCACCAGACUCAUUACAACCAGUGGGGACAGCUGUGGGGAGGUCUGCACAUAGAGGGUCAUGAGGAGCAGCACGUCAGGCUCAAGGGUUACAGGGACCAUUCAUUUGGUGUGAGAUACUGGGGCUUCAUGCAUCGCUACAUAGUUCAUUUUGCUUACUUGGAGGAUGGCUCCUGUCUUCAGGUGGCAACAGUCUGUUUCCCAACAACCAUGUCAGAUCUGCGGACAGGCUAUGUCUUCACCCCUAAUGGGACGAUGGAGGCGGUGUCAGAAGUGGACUUGGUAUUGUCAAGUAUUGGAGAAGAUGGAACCAUGCCUGACAACUACUCUUUCAGCUUUGUGGCAGGGGGCAAGAAGUACCAUGUUCAGGUGGAAAUAUACUGCCAGUCUACCUGGUACAAUGGGCUUCAGUGGGAAUCUCGUGUGCACGAACGGCUUGCUAACUUCACUGUUAAUGGCCUGAAAGGUUGGGGAGUCUGUGAGUUCAAUUACAAGAACACUACUGGCUGCCCACUGCCUCCCCGUGAGUCGAGACCACAGCAGCCACUGCCAGACAUCACCAGUACACACCGGAAACUGCUGACCCUGUCCCUGUCCAGCCCAGUCUGCCGCAGUACUGAACUGGUCGGAGGGAAGGGGAGCAGUCUGGUCACACUGACUGCUCUGCAGAGUGAAGGCACAAUGUUUAAGGUUCCAUCUGGGUUCUGUGUUACCAUGGCAGCCAUGGAAUUGCAGCUGAAGCUCCAUCCAACUUUGAAAUCAAAGCUAGAAGAGCUCAAGCAGGUCUCAUGUACUGGCCAGGUGGAGGCACUGCAGGGAAUGUGCCAGAGUGUUGGGGACAUGUUUACAUCUGUUGCUUUGGCACCAGACGUGAGGGAGGCCAUCCGGGCUGAACUGGACAACUUAAGUGACAGUCAAUUUGCCGUUCGCUCAUCUGCUAUUGGUGAAGACACAGAGGAGAUGUCUGCAGCAGGACAGAUGACAACAGAGCUGGGUGUCCGAGGUCUGGAUCAGAUCUGUGACUCAGUUCAGAAGUGUUGGGCCUCCCUAUAUGGUUUUCCUGCUGUCCAGUACAGAAGACAGCAUGGCCAGCCUGUUGUGUCCUCCAUGGCUGUGGUGGUACAGGAGAUGGUGCCAGCAGAAGUGGCAGGUGUCCUUUUUACUCAGCAUCCUGUAACAGGACAUCCAGGCAAGAUGGUUAUCAAUGCUAACUACGGGCUGGGAGAGUCUGUAGUGAGUGGUGAUUCCCAUCCAGACACCAUCACCCUGUCCGGUGGUGUGGACGGUACAUGUCAGGUGGAAGGUGUGGAUCUGGGCAGCAAGACUCAACAGGUGGUUCCUCUAGAUGGGGGAGGGACAGCAGUGCAGGAGGUGGCUUCAGCUCAGUCUGAAAAAUGCUGUCUUAGUGAUGACACAGCUGUCCAGCUGGGACACAUCGCUGUGAAGGUUGAGGAAGCCUAUGGCGGACCACAAGAUAUAGAAUGGGCAGUGAGCCAGGACACAGUGUAUCUUUUACAGGCUCGACCGAUCACCACCUUUGGCAUAGAGACUGAGUGGGAACUGAUGCACGAGUUUGAUGCACCACUUUCCUCAGAAAAAGAAAUCAGCACCACUAGCAACAUUGCAGAGAUGAUGCCGGGAGCUGUAACCCCCCUGACGUCCUCCACAUUUUCCCGUGCAAUAGAAUAUGGACUUCAGAACAUAGCAGCCUCGGUACUGUCGAGAAAGUGCCAGCCUUACUUCAAGAAGAUGGGACUGUGUUUGGGACACAUGUUCAUCAACAUGCAUAAUGUUGCUGAGAUCUAUGAGCACCACGUAGCAAUUGCAGACAAAAGAGUAGCUGAGAUGUCAUUGGUAGGAAGGUGUCUACAAGAGAUCACAAUGGAUGACAUUGUUGAAUACCAUGGCAGUUCUUCUCUAUGGAAACGUAUUGUCCAUUCCUUCAAUUUUGCAAGGCAUCUAUACACAUCAAAGCACAAGAUCCAUCGGUUGGAGCAGACACUGACUACGUACACCAUCUGUCGUCAUGACAAUGCCAUGGCGAUGUACCAAGAGAUCAACGAGAGGUUACCGGAUUGCUACCAGGCUUGGGCAGACCACAUGAGUUACGGCGCUCGUUCAGCAGCCUGGAGCACAGUCCUGAUGAUGGUCCUGUCACGAGGAGCAAGAGAGUGGACCAUGCAGCAUUUCUCUGACAUGGCUCAUUUCUACGUCAACUGUGAGCAAGUGACCAGUGCGGAUGUGCCUGAUGCAUUGGAGAAACUAGCAGUGAAGCUCAUAGAGGAGGGCCACAAGGAUAGACUGAUUGCCAUGUCUCCUCAGGAUGCUACAACCUGGCUGUUGGGUGCUGACAGCGGCUCCUCCGGACAGCUCUUCCAAACAUUCCUGGACCUGCAUGGACACAGGUGUCUCAGGGAGGCAGAACUAAGAGAAAUGUCUUGGAGAGCAGCCCCAACAAAGGUGGUUUUAACCAUACAGACAAUGCUCAGGAAUAACCAGAUAGCCAGUGUGAAGGAGUCGUUCAACUUUGAUGAAGCUGUAAAGAAGAUCAAGUCGCCCAUAACCAUGGCUGGCAAGUACAUCUUGAAGUGGACUCUCCCCUACGCACGGCAAGGUGUGAUGGAGAGAGAGCAGAGCAAGUCAGCCGCAGUGAAAAUGGCCGACCAUUUCAAACAGGCCUACUGGUACCUGGCAUCACUUAUGGUUGCUGAGGGUCGCCUUCCUGAGGAGGAUUUGCUGUUCUUCCUGACACACCAGGAGAUCGGCACUCUUCUGCACAGCCGAUCUGCUGUUCUAGUGGCCAAAGCACUUCGAAGACGUCGCAUUCUACCCAAACAGAUGUCACUCAAGUUCCCAGAGAUUUGUCGUGGCCAUCCCGAACCUAUUGAGGUUGGUGUGUUGAAUGUGAGCGGGUCAGACCUGAUGCUGAAGGGAAUGCCGGUGAGCCACGGGACUGUGACAGCUCCUGCCAGGGUGGUGACCAGACUGGAGGAUGCAGGGACUAUCCAGGCAGGAGAGAUUUUGAUAGUCCAGAGCACAGACAUAGGAUGGAGUCCCUACUUCCCCUUACUGAGUGGGCUGGUCACUGAGCUGGGAGGGCUGAUUUCACAUGGCGCAGUGGUUGCCCGUGAGUACGGCCUCCCCUGCGUGGUGAGUGUGAAGAACGCCACAGCGAUGUUCCAGACUGGAGACAUGGUGCUGCUGAAUGGUACCGAGGGAUCAGUCAGGAAACUCAACCCUGACAACUAAGAACUAAAAGUUUGGAGAGAGUGGGGAUAGAACCUUGAGUAGCAAUGUUAAGGUUACACAGACAUCAUGAGAUCUGGAGGAAGGUUUUGAUUGUAUUGUCAAAAGUUCUAGUUUUUGGUAAUCAUGAGCAUCAUUGCUUUGAUUUUCAUUCGCAUUUUUGCUUGAUUAGUCCUUAUUGUUAUGAUCAGAAGUGGACUGUGAUGAUUAUCAUAUAAUGAAUGCUCUGGGCAAUUGAGCAUGUUGAAAGACCUACAAUGUCAUGUCAUGUGUAUGUUAGAAAGAAUGUACCACUACAGUGCAUGUGUUCUCUGAAUGAUGUGUUUUUGCAUACCUUAUAUGAGUAACCAAUGUCAUUAUGUUGUAGUCACUGAUAAUUGAGAUUGCAAUGAAAGUAUUUUUCAUCCAAAAAAAUUGAAUCUUUUUAACAGAUGCUUGUCAAAUAGUAUUUGAUAAUAGUAUGGAUUAACAAGAUAUAUCAUAUAUAUUUUUGUGAUAAUGGCAAACAAGAUAUGACGUGUGUACAUGGCUGUUGGUGGCAUGAUGCAGCAAAGCUUCUGAUUCAUUUUACAAGUGUCAAUUUUACUGGAUAUAUGAUUAGAUUUUAUUGUUCCAUCUAUGUUAUUCCGUAAGAACAAUAUUUGAUAAAGAUUUGAUAAAAAAAAAAAACAAUAGGAGAAACUCAAA